AUGGUAUUCCAGUGGGUGUCAAACACCACUUCCAACCUUGUUGAGCUUGACCUUAAUGGUAACCUCUUGACGGGUUCCACAUCAAAUCAUUUUGGCAUGGCCAUGAAUUCGCUUGAGCGCCUUGACCUCUCCGAUAAUGUGUUGAAGGGUGAAGAUUUGAAAUCAUUCAUCAACAUAUGCAACCUACUUUCUUUAUACAUGUCUGCAAACGAUAUGGCCGAAGACCUUUCGUCAAUUCUUCAAAAUUUGUCCAGUGGUUGUGUUAGAUACUCACUACAAGAUUUGAGUUUGGAAAACAAUCAAAUCAAAGGCUCCGUACCUGACCUUUCAGUGUUCUCAUCUUUACAGAUAUUGGAUAUUUCUGACAAUCAAUUGAGUGGGAAGAUACCUGAAGGCACUAGAUUGCCAUCUCAUUUGGAGCAGUUGUCAGUUGGGUUUAACUCUUUAGAAGGUGGUGUUCCAAAAUCUUUUGGGAGCACAUGUACUUUGGAGUUAUUGGAUUUUUCUUCCAAUAAGUUGAGUGAAGAUCUCACAGUGAUAUUUAAUCAUUUAUCAGGAUGUUCUAGAUAUUCAUUGCGAGAACUAUAUUUCCGUCAAAAUAAAUUCAAUGGCACCUUACCUGAUUUCUCAAUAUUUUCAAAGUUGGAAACGUUGGAUCUCAGUAUCAAUCAAAUUAGCGGUACUUUGCCUAACACCCUCAAAUUGUUCCCAUCAUUAAGAAGAUUGCGCCUUGAUAAUAACAAGCUAAAUGGGACUAUUUCUGAAGAUCUUCGAUUUCCAACAGAACUUGAAGAAUUAUCCUUGAUGUCAAACUCUUUGAAAGGUGUGUUAACUGACUCUCAUUUUUAUAAUAUGACAAAGUUAAAGAGAUUGAUGUUGUCAUAUAACUCAUUGACGUUAGAAGUUAGUGAAAAUUGGGGUUCAACUUAUCAAUUGGAAAUUAUUGAAUUGAGGUCUUGCAAGCUUGGUCCUUUGUUUCCCAAAUGGCUAGAGAAACAAAAUGCAUUUGAUUACCUUUUGAUUUCAAAUAAUGGAAUAUCAGGCAAGUUACGUGGUCAGGCACGUAACAAAUUGGUCCGACCUGCCGGAUCGUCGAGGGAGGAAACUGUCGGAUCUUACUGA